UCCUCCUCCCAUCAAAACAUCAUCACGAUUAAUUUGUUCCUGCUUCCAUCGUCAACCCGACCCUCGUCACGGUUGGCCAUAUCGUCGCAAGCAUCUCAUACGAAUACUUACGACUCUACCGGCCUUUACCCGUAAACGGAUAUUAAUUACACGCUUAACUGUCGCGUCUGCUUCUCGUUUAGCUGUCAUUGCCAUCAGCUUGCCUCUUGCCUUGGCCCCCUGCCAGCCUCGCGCUGUCACCGACUUGAACGGCACGCGCCAACGACUCGACCGCACCGAACCCACCAGGCAUCCAUUGCCAUCGCGAUAUUUCUAUCAACCUCCCUCCUCAUCUCAACGAGUCUCAUCUUGAACUCCCCGUCGCCGAGACCCGCCUUGCGCAAUGUCGAUGUAUCCGCAUCGCGCCAUGGGGGGCGGUCCCCAGGCCAAUUCUACCCGUCUGAACGAAUUGCUCGACCAGAUUCGAGUUGAGUUCGAGAGUCAAAUGCGCACUGCCGAAAACUACGAGCAUCAGAUCGCCGCGCAAGUCAGUGAAAUGCAAAUGGUCCGCGAGAAGGUUUACCAGAUGGAACAGACUCAUCUAGGCCUCAAGCAGAAGUACGAAGACGAGAUUAGUGCCCUACGACAUCAGCUCGAUGCUGCCAGAAAGGGUGGAAUGCAGGGUGGCAUACCCGGUCCGCCUCAGCAUGCUGCUCCUUCUCAGCCUCCCUCUAUCGCUCCCGGCAAUGGUCUUUUUAGCGGCAUCAUGGCUGGCGGCAGUCAGGGAGGUCUCGCGCCUCCACAGCAAGGCCAGCAGCAAAGCCAGCAGGGUCAACCUCAGGGCGCGCAACAGCCGCAGCAAUCCCAGCAGGGCCAUGCUCCCCCUCAAGAACAACCAUUGGGACCUCAACACCAGAUGAGCCAGGGGCCUCCUGGUCUUCCUGUCCCCCCUCACCCCAGUGCGCAACAAGCUCCCUACUCUCAAAACUAUCCUCCUGGCCCUGUCUCCAACGGAAUGGGACCUCAAACACAGACCACUGCUUCACCCGGUCCUGGUAGGAGGGGAGUAGACGCCCUCCCGGUGCUGUCGGACCUGCAACUCCUCAAAUCAACACACCUACGCCUUACCCCGGAACUGCUGCGUCACCUCAGGUUAGCCACCCGACUCCUGACCAUGCUCGAAUGGCUGGUCCCCAUGCGUCCGCCGUUGGUAAUGCCCUCGGCGACCUCGAAGUUGAUAACGUGGCUCCUCACAACAAGAAGACCGGAAAUGAUUGGUACGCCAUCUUUAACCCUCAGGUGCAACGUGUUCUUGACGUCGACCUUGUCCACUCGCUCAACCACGAAAGUGUCGUGUGCUGUGUGAGGUUCAGUCAUGACGGCAAAUACGUUGCGACUGGUUGUAACCGAUCUGCUCAGAUCUUUGAUGUCCAGAGCGGAGAAAAGGUUUGCGUGCUCGAGGAUCACACCGCCUCUGAUAUGAGCGCCGACCUUUACAUUCGUAGUGUUUGCUUCAGUCCCGAUGGUCGCUACCUUGCCACCGGUGCCGAAGAUAAGUUGAUCCGAGUCUGGGAUAUCCAAACUAGAACUAUUAGAAACCAUUUCUCUGGUCACGAACAAGACAUUUAUUCGCUGGACUUUGCACGCGAUGGACGCACUAUUGCUUCGGGUAGUGGCGAUCGGACCGUCCGCCUGUGGGAUAUUGAGCAAGGCACAAACACUCUCACUUUGACUAUCGAGGAUGGUGUGACAACCGUUGCCAUUUCUCCUGAUACCCAAUUUGUCGCUGCUGGUUCUCUCGACAAGAGUGUUCGAGUUUGGGACCUGCACUCAGGUUUCCUCGUGGAGCGCCUUGAGGGACCCGACGGUCACAAGGAUAGCGUCUACUCUGUGGCUUUCUCUCCCAGUGGAAAGGACCUUGUUUCUGGCAGUCUCGAUAGGACGAUUAAGAUGUGGGAGCUCAGCGCUCCUCGCCAAGGCAAUAACCCAGGCCCUAAGGGAGGCAAAUGUGUUAAGACGUUCGAGGGUCACCGAGACUUUGUUCUGUCGGUGGCUCUUACCCCUGACACUAACUGGGUGCUGUCUGGUUCGAAGGAUCGCGGUGUGCAGUUUUGGGAUCCUCGCACCGGCACCACACAACUCAUGCUGCAAGGACACAAGAACUCGGUCAUCUCUGUUGCGCCAAGUCCCCAAGGUCGAUUCUUUGCCACCGGUUCUGGUGACAUGAAGGCCCGUAUCUGGUCCUACCGCCCUUACACUUGACUAAAUAAGGAGCCAGCUCAGUGGGUUGCCUUUUAGAUGUUACAAUUCGAGAAUGGUGGGACUUGGGAAAAGAGCAGGAGAUAUGCCGGUACUUCGCUAGCACACUUAUUUUUAACCUUUGGUUGUUGCGCAUAUGUGUUAUCAUGAAAACAAUAAUGAAAAUCACCGAUUCCCCAA